GCAUAAAGUGAACAUGAGCCUUCCAAGCUUUGCUCAGAGCAGGAAGAGUUUUGUUUCCUGUUCGCUUCACAACAGGAUUGCACCGUGGACUUAUCGUAACCACUGAUCCGGAUUUGUGUCUUUGAACUCCAUCAGGUUUUUUGCCUUUUUUUUUUCAGACACACCGAAGACGUAUUUAGAUCAGAGAUUCUGACCUUUGGACCGGUUUGGACCGGCAACCGUGUCACAUUCCAGCCACGCAGAACAGGCCGUUGACAUCCCCGCCCCUGGAGGUAAAAUGUCUUCUUAUAAAGGACAGUGCUCCCACAUGAGCAUCCCAGUUGAGACAGACGAGAGGAUGAGUCCCUUCAGCGAUGAAUAUGGCCAUCCUCGUAUGGAGGAUGGCGGAUUUAAUCAUGAUUUUUCUGGUACGGUGUCCUUGGAACAACCGCAGUCUCUGCGGGACCCGUCGGUCCCGCCAUGGUACUCACCACAAAAACAAGGUGUGGUUCCCACCAGUCACAGACAGUGCACAUGCUGCCCCCCAGACCAUCGCCAGAACAUCAUGAGGCCCCCACAUGAGAACAUGCCAUGUGACCAGUUCCAACGUAGAAAGACUGGAGAUGGUUCUUCGUCGCAGAGAGUGGCCCCUCCCAUAGAUGUGAUGCGUGAGCGCAGCGUGAGCCCCUGUGUUCUGCCAGGCCCAGGACUGGUCACGGGGGAGGUCCGACGCACCAUCAGCCUGCCCGAGGAGAGCAGAAAGGUCUUCAUCACUUACUCAAUGGACACAGCCAAAGACAUCAUCCCUUUCACCACGUUUCUGAUCAAUCAGGGCUUCAAACCAGAAUGUGACAUUUUCGACACCCCCAUCAGGAGAAUGGGCAUCACCAAGUGGAUGGACAGCUUCCUAAAUGAUAAAUCGGUGCUCAUCAUCGUGGUUAUCAGCCCCAAGUACAAGAAAGAUGUGGAGGGAGGAGGAGACGACGAGCACAGCCAGCACACCAAGUACAUCCACAGUCAGAUCCAGAAUGAGUACAUCCAGCAGGGCUGUCUGAACUUCAGACUGGUUCCAGUCUUGUUUCCCAAUGCAACUAAGGCAGACGUUCCCAGCUGGAUGAAGAACACCCGGAUCUACCGCUGGCCCAGCGACACCCAAGAACUUGUGCUGCGUCUGCUCAGAGAGGAGCGCUACAUCAUCCCUCAGCCAAGCACCAGCAUUGACGUGAUCAUCCGUUCUGUCUGACCGAUUCAUGAAAAUAUGAAAAAUUAUGGAUUCAUUCUGAGAUUUCUGUUUCUGACCUUUGGUUUAGGAAUUACUUUCCUUUCUUCGAAUGUUUAUUUUUACGACUCUAAGGGGAAAGAAUUUAAACUUCUACAAACUCUUAACUGACACAUUUUAAGAUGUAAACAAACAAGUGUUUUUUGAGCUUUAUUCCAAGCUUGUUUAUUGAGUUUAUCUUUUUCUUGGUUUUUUGGUUUGAUAUACUGAUCCAAUUUUUAAAAAACACUACAAUACAGCAAGGUUAAGCCUUUUUGCCAUAAUGAACCAGCAGGUGGCAGCACAUCUCCAUCAAGGAAACCACCUUUCACGUUCAGUUCCCACAGAAAAGCCUUUAUAUUUUAUUUUUUGUAUUUCUUCAAAUUAAAAGACUGGAUUGUUGACAUAAGUUGUGUUCAAAUGUUUCACGAAACAACUGUUCAAAGGAAAAACAUUCCUAAUGAGGAAGUUUGGGGGGGGGGCUAACCGUCACACCAUCACCACAGCUGACAGCGGGGACUCCAGCGGUGUACUUAAAAGGAAGCCCUGCAGAUAUUCAGGUUUUUAUCAGCUGCAGCAGGACCUGCUUUCUGACAAUAAAUCCACAAAGUCUGUUUAACUUCCAGGUCACAUGCCAUUCAACGUUGCCUUUUCAGAUGUGUCUAAGGCAGAUAUAGACAGUUUCCGUCCAGCUUUGGUAACUGGAGGUUAAAAACCUAUAAAAGUUCUGAAACAGCCACCAGUUUAGUCCAACACCCUCCAUAUUAUAUUUUAGUUUUUCUACUUUGUUGAGGGUCCAUCAAGGUCAUGACUUUAGACAUGUAGUGCUCCACAUUCUGUCAGGUCCUGUCUUCCGCACAGUUGUGAACUGAAAAAAAGGAAAAUUUGCACUAAGUUAUUAGGUCUACAAGAGAGUUUAUCUUCUCUAACAGUUUUCUCCAUUUAGAAGAAGAGAAAACUCAUUUGAACCACAGUUCACCUCAAAACAGCAUCAGCUGUAAUGAAUGAUUCAGUGUCAUCAGUAAAUGCAGACUUCCUGCUUGACAUAAGAAAAAAAAACUAAAGAGCUGGGUUAAAAAAUAUAAUUUAGUUUUUGCAAACACGUGAUUUAAAAAAUUUUGUAAAACCAUUCCACAUCACAUAAUUUUUCCAUAGAAAAUGAUGAAAACAAUCAUUUGUGAAGCCAUUCCACUUCACUACUGAGCUAUGAACCUUUGAGCAUUGACUUCUUAGCAAUAGUUCAACUUACUUAUUAAAGAAUUUGACUAUUAUCAGAUUAUGUUUCACUGAUACAAUUCUUUUUGCCCACCAGAACUUAAAGAUUUUUCUGUGUAUUCAUCGUGACUGGACAAAUCUUCUUUUUUUUCUGAGACUUGUAAUAAUCUCUUAAUUUUUUUCUUACUUUCGGGCCUAUAUUUUUGGGAUUUAUUGUGGUGAUCAAGUCUUCAUUAUCAAAGGGGGCUUUGGUGUUUAUGAGGUAAAUUUACUUAAAGAAAACAAAUCAAUGUUUUCAUGGAGGGCUAAGUCAAGAAUCUUUUGUACUUGUCAGUCAUAUUCGAGCUAGUCAUGUUUAGACAUGCAUCCAUUCAACAGUGCUUAGUUCAAUACAUGCUGACAGCGCAACCUCUAACAUGUUUUUGUGAUAUGUGUUUUUUAAUAAUAUUGCACUAUAAUUGAUGCAAUUAAAAACUUUGCACAGUC